GAUCAUUUGACUUCUUUCUUUACUAAUUCCAUUUUCUUCAUCAACAAUCACAACUUAUUUAUUAUUAUUAUUAUUAUUAUUAUUAUUAUUAUUAUUAUUAUUAUUAUUUAUAUUAAAAAUUCAGCAAGAAGAAGAUGAAGGUGAGCUCUGUUUAGGUCUACCAACUGGUUGUUACCCUUCACAAUCUCCAUUUUUCAAGCAAUCUCCUUCUUCUUCUUCCACUAUUCUCUUUUACACCCAAUUCAACCAAACCCCACUUCAAUUUCACCUCCAGUUCUCACCCAAAUCGUUAAAAAUCUCAACUUUUGUCCACACGUGAGAGUCUUGGGCCUCAUUGUUCAAUUUUGGGUUUCAAUUUUAUCAUUUCUUUGAUUAGUUUAGUCAAUUGGGUGGGUGUUUGCGCAACUAUGUAAACUUUUUGAUUAACUAUUGUUAUUAUAUAUUAUAUAUAUGUGUAUAAUAAUGUUUUUGUUUGCUUGUUAUCCAAUAAUUGCGAUGUUUAAUCUUUGUUUAAUUGUGGGUGUUGGUCAUUGUUCAAUAAUAAAGAGGGUUGGGUAUGUGGAUUUGUUUUUUUGAUUACUUUAAUCCAUUAGUUUAUUGUGUGGAGUCUUUAUUUUCUUCUUGUUCAUAUCCAAAUUUUGUCUCCCUUUUAGGAAGAUUUCCUUUCACCUGCUUUGUUUCUGUCUUUAUUUUUCCUCUAGGUCAUACCUUCAUAGCACCUUCCUUCUUUCACAUACACACACAGUGGACUUUGGAUUCAUACAAUUCAUCUGCCUUUUUAUGCACAGUAUCAUAUCUGCUUCUAACAGGAUCACUAGCCGGCGGUUCUAAAUCCGUUUGAUUGUUAUUGUUUUUUAGGAAUUAAGAUGGCUACUUAUUAUUCUACUUCAAGUAGUCAUCAAAGAGACGUGUUUCCGAACUCCUAUAUUUCAAGCGAUUCGUAUCAAGAAUCGGCUUGUCCUCCGGUUGAUAUGAUGUAUCAAAACCAAUCAUCUACCGACACCUCGUUCUUGGAGCUUUUAUCCGGUAAUAUGCAACCAAACGCCCAAAUUCUUCCACGAGUCGAGGAUCGUAACGAUUUGGAUGAUGAACAUAACUUGAAUUAUCAAGAAUUGUCGCUCAGUUUAGGAAUGCAAAUACCGACUUCUUCCAUGGAUUUGCCCGCUUUCCAAUACGAUUACUUGAAUUCACAUAUUCCGAACUCGAGCGAUCAUGGUUCGCAACCCAACAAAGUAGAAAACACUCAGUACAUAUCGUUCAAUCUUGUUGGUACUCCGAAAAAUGGAGCUAUGAACAAUGGUCAAUGCUCGAUUUCAGAUACGUAUGAUGGUUCAUACGGGGUUAUCGGGAGAAUUAUGGAAUCCAAAUAUCUCAAACCGUCACAGGAAUUACUCGAGGAAGUAGCUAAUCUUCGUGAAGCGCUGACUCAGCUAAAGAUGAAUCGGCAUAAUAAUAAUAAUCUACAUAGGCUUCAUGUUGAUGAAAAAGAUUCCAAAUUUACCCCUCGUGAAUCUACUACUAGCUCGUCCGGUGAACCUUCGGCUUCUGAGAAACAAGAUCUACAGAACAAGAUUGCGAAAUUGUUUUCGUUGUUAGAUGAGGUUGACAGAAAAUACCGAGAAUAUUGCCAACAGUUGCAAAUCGUUGAAGCAACGUUAGAUGUGGUUUCUGGAUGUGGGGCUGCAAGACCAUACACAGCACUUGCACAUCAAACAAUUUCCCGCCAUUUUCGGUGCUUAAGGGAUGCAAUUAACGGUCAAGUUCAGUUGACCCGUCAAAGUUUAGGAGAACAAGAUGAUUCAUCCGACCGAGUUUUACCUCGUUUAAGAAACGUGGAAAAACAGCUCAGACAACAAAGAAAUCUUCAUCACUUUGGUGGGACCCGCCAUUCAUGGAGGCCACAAAGAGGGUUGCCCGAAGGCUCGGUUUCCAUUCUUCGUGCUUGGCUUUUUGAACAUUUUCUCAACCCUUACCCGAAAGAUUCAGAGAAAAUCAUGCUAGCGAAGCAAACAGGUCUCACACGUGGUCAGAUUGCAAAUUGGUUCAUCAAUGCAAGGGUGCGACUAUGGAAACCGAUGAUUGAAGAUAUGUACAAAGAAGAAUUCGGUGAGGCGGAAGGUAAUGACGUAUUGUCACAAGAACACGCAUUUAAAUCGUUAAACAACAACUCGUCGUCUUCUGAAGAUAAAGAGAAAGAGAAAGACUUGGGUCCAAUGGGUGGACAUAUGGGUCAAUCUAGUGACUCGAAUCCUGAUUUUUUCAACCAGAUGGAAGCUAGCAGGUUUGUGGAACCUCAGUUAUUGUCUGAUUUUGUGGUAUAACUAAAUAAAAGAAGCGAUUUAGUGUUGGAAAACAAUAGUUAAGAAGUGUACACGACACACACACCCAUGCUGAUCUUGGUUUAAAUUUGUGAAGUAGUGUAUGUAUAUAGGGAUGUGAAUAUAGGUGGUGUUUUGUUUAGAACUUAUUAGUAUAUAUUUUCAUUAAAGAUAUUAUGAUUAUGACUUCAUUGGAUAAAUAAAACUUGUUAUUUGUUUUGAA